UCUGGGAGUUAUCUUUACACUUUCUUCGAACCGCAAAAUUUCAUAUUUUUUUUUGUAGAAAUUGGUGCGUUAACGAAAAGAAGACAGCUAUGAAAAAGUUAAGGAAUACCAUUUUAGUGGCGGCAUUGAUAGGCAUUGCCAUUAUCGCACGUUCUGCUGCUCAACAGAGAGGAAGUUUCAACUUCGCAAAAAGGACUUCUGGAGAACGAGAAGGUGAUCUAUCUCCGGCAGCUAUAGCUGGAGUGGCCAUCGGAGUCGUGGCAGGUAUUGCCGGUCUCAUGGUCACUGUCUUCUUUUGUUACCAUGUUUACAGAAAGCAAAAGGAACAAGAAGACAGCUUCAACAAAUCCUUUGGCCCCGAGAGAAAAUUUUUACAAGCCUAAGAUAGAAAAAAUGUUUUUUUCCCCCCUCUUUUGAAGGAACGUCUCAGGGUGUGCUGAAGUAAAGGACAACAAUUUUUUAAAAUCAUUUUAGCAAAUGUAUAACCUAACUUUUAUUAUUACUUACCUAUUAAAACUUCCAGAACUCGAGUCGUAAUAUGUAACCAGAGUACUUGCGGCUAAGAUUUUUUCUCAUACCACCUAGUUCACACAGAAAAGUACAAAAAAUGUGUUUUAGUUCAAACUAUUUUAUUUGCUAUUUAUUUUAAUGAAUCAAAUGAAAUAUUAGAUGAAACAGCAUAAGAAAAGGUUCUUUUCUUUUUGGUGGGAGUAUUUCGCUCGAGUUUCUGGAAGUUAACACAAUUCAGAUAUCUCGGUAAAAAAAAUUGGAUUUGUUUCAAAGAUGAGUGAAAUUUCAUUACAUUUAGUUCUUUAGUUUAGAAAACAUAUUGCAAUUUACAGCAAACUGCCAGCAUGCGAAAAAGCAAUUUCAUGUAGAAACAUGAAUUUUCUAUUCUUUAAACAUGACAUAACUUUUACAUUUUUAUAUAUCUUAUCAUUAUGUAUGUAAACAUAAAUGUUCACUGUUUUUAAUUUUGUAUUUGUAUGUUUGUAAUGCAUUUUUUGUAAA